AACGCUCAAGAUGGCAUCCGCGGACAAGCCCCACGCAGCUCCUCAACCAGCCUACCUUCCAACACCGGGCAGCAUCUUGAAUGCCAACAAAGACUUCUACGACUCCNNCCUAGCCAACAGCAAAUCCAGAACACUAAAGCAAACCAUCGAUAUCCCACCACGCUCCGCCAAAGCCUGGAAAGUCCCCGCCGGAAGCAUUGUUCGAUUCUCAACUCCGGAAGGCCCUCAGGUCGGUGAUUUGAAUAUCUGGAAUCUGUCCAACCCACGUGAAAGGUUCUGGGCAUCCCGUACGAGACAAUUGCAGGCUAGUCAUGUUACCGUGUAUGAUCGUCUCUGGAGUUGCUUGCCUUAUCUGAGACCUAUGGUUACUAUCAUUGCGGACUCGCUGAAGGAUUAUGGCGUGGAUCGGUGGGGUGGUAGAUGCCAUGAUUUGCUGGGCACCCGAUGCGAUCCGUAUGUGAACACAAUGCUUACUGGUGAUCAAUAUGAUUACCAUUGUCACUCAAACCUGACAAGAGCAGUGUUUGACGUCCACGAUGUCAUCAACAUCUUUCAAGUCACUGGAUUAAAUGCAGAGGGAAAGUACUUCAUGGAGCCAAGUCCAGCCAAAAAGACCGAUUAUCUUGAGUUCUUCGCCGAGCAGGAUGUUUUGAUGGCUUUAUCUGCAUGCCCUGGUGGCGACCUCAGCGCUUGGGGCUGGGGCGAAGGAGGUGCUGGUGAGGAAGGAGAGAAGAAGAGCAUGCUGGACUGUUGCCGACCUCUUCGAGCGGAGAUCUACAGUUUGGACGAUGAGUCCCUGUUGAAAGGCUGGACACAAUUCGAACCACCAAAGUACACUGGACUUCACGGUAUGAAGGUACCAAUUGGAGAGAAUGUAUCUUGC